AUGAAAAUAGACGUCGAUGGACUGGAAGUUUACUUUCCUUAUGAUUAUGUAUAUCCAGAGCAAGUCCUUUAUAUGCAGGAACUAAAGAAGGCCCUUGAUGCCCAGGGGCACUGCCUUCUGGAGAUGCCUUCUGGCACAGGAAAAACUGUGUCCUUGCUUUCUUUGGUCGUAGCAUACAUGCGAAAAUAUUCAGAUCGUCUUGAUAAGUUAGUCUACUGUUCACGCACUAUACCCGAGAUUGAGAAAUGUGUUGAGGAGUUACGGGAGCUGUACAAGUUUUACGAACGACAGUCCUCUGGUGCCCCACCAAUGCUCGCUGUUGCAAUGUCAGCGAGGAAGAAUCUGUGCAUCAACGACUCAGUAUGGCAGCUUAGACAAGGUUCGGCGGUGGAUGGUGCAUGUCAGCGGCUCACAGCAAGUUUUGUGCGUGCUAAGCGUCAAGUUGAUCCCUCUAUUCCAUCUUGUUCAUUUUUCGAAAACUUCACUGCACAGCAGCAUUUCUCUCUUCCGAGCGGAGUUUGGAAUCUUACUGAUCUUAAACAACUUGGGCGCGAGCGCGGCCUAUGCCCAUAUUUUGUAGCACGGGAAGCUAUUAGAAGUGCGUCUAUUGUGGUUUAUUCCUACCACUAUAUCCUGGAUCCAAAAAUCGCCGAAUUGGUCUCGAAAGAUUUCAGUCGAAGGUCCUGUGUUGUUUUCGACGAAGCGCAUAACAUAGAUAAUGUUUGUAUUGAAUCUAUGUCGAUAACUAUCUCGCAAAAGCAAACCGAAAAAGCUGUGCAGGAACUCGCUACGUUAGACUCCGCAGUGCAACGAAUGAACUCUGGAAAUUCGGAGAGGCUGCGAAAUGAGUAUGAGAAGCUGGUAGAAGGAUUGAGAAGAUCAGAACAAGAGAGAGCAAACGACGAGCGGUUGGCGAAUCCUGUUUUACCAGAUGCAAUCCUACGUGAGGCAGUUCCAGGAUCAAUCCGUACUGCUCAACAUUUUAUGUUGUUCAUGAAAAGGAUUGUUGAAUACGUGCGUCAUCGGAUGCCGUUCGUAAAGGAUAUUCAAGAUAGGAUGUACGUCGAUCGGAAGCCUUUACGAUUCUGUGCGGAACGACUGGACAAUCUAACACGAACCCUUGAGUUAGCAGAUGUGUCAGAUUUUCGUUGUUUGACUCAGAUAGCAAUUCUUGCUACUCUUGUCAGCACAUAUUCCAAGGGAUUUUCUAUAAUAAUUGAACCGAGCGAACCCAGUCAACCUGCACAACUUACUCUCUCGUGUAUGGAUGCCUCGAUUGCAAUCCGGCCAGUUAUGGAACGCUUCCAAACGGUGGUGAUCACGUCGGGAACCUUGUCACCAUUGGAGAUGUACCCAAAGAUUUUGGACUUUGAUCCUUCAGUCAUGGCGAGUCUCACGAUGACUCUAGCACGUCCUUGCCUAAGCCCACUAGUUGUAGCGAGGGGUAAUGAUCAGGUCGCAAUGACUUCUCGCUUUGAGCAAAGAAGCGACGUUGCCGUCAUCAGAAAUUACGGCAAUCUUGUUUUGGAAAUGGCCUCAGUGGUUCCUGACGGAAUGGUUGUUUUUUUCACCAGCUAUGUCUAUAUGGAGUCUGUCAUUGCUGUCUGGUACGAGCAGCACGUGAUUGAUGAGCUGAUGAAGUCGAAACUCCUAUUCAUUGAGACGAACGAUGCGCUCGAGACGUCUGUGGCCCUGGAAAAGUAUGUUGACGCAUGUGACAGUGGUCGAGGUGCGUGUCUUUUCUCCGUUGCUCGAGGAAAAGUGUCAGAAGGAAUCGAUUUUAGUCAUCAUCUAGGUCGUUGUGUCAUAAUGCUGGGGAUUCCCUAUGUGUACACGGAGAGCCGUAUCCUACGAGCAAGGCUUGAGUAUCUUCGAGACCAGUUUGGCAUUAAGGAAAAUGACUUCCUCACUUUCGACGCAAUGCGGCAUACGGCUCAAUGUAUGGGGCGAGCUCUGCGUGGAAAAACAGACUAUGGACUUAUGAUUUUUGCAGAUAAGAGGUUUUCACGGCAGGAUAAACGCGGCAAACUACCACGCUGGAUGCAAGAAUACCUUGAGCCUGCGUCCACCAACCUGAGCAUAGACGAAGCUGUGCAGCUGGCGCGAAGAUGGUUGACACUGAUGGCUCAGCCGUUCACCAAAUCCGACCAGUUGGGAAUAUCUUUGCUCACAUCGGACAUGCUUUCUGCGAAGGCGAUGAAAAAGUUCGAGCGCGUUGUGGAACAUGUUGAUUAA